UUGUGUUUGUUUGGGCUAUAUAUACAUAGCCGCGUGUACCUAUAGCCGCUGCGCUCCUAUAAAAAAACUCCGUUCACCCACAAACCCUAGCGAUUUAAUCCCCCCAAACUACUCAGUCUCUCCAUUCUCAAUCGUUUAAUCAAAGAGUGAUGGCUUCUAAGAGGAUUUCUAAGGAGUUGAAGGAUUUGCAGAAGGAUCCCCCUGCUUCAUGCAGUGCUGGACCUGUUGGUGAAGAUAUGUUUCAUUGGCAAGCCACGAUUAUGGGACCUGCAGACAGUCCUUUUUCUGGUGGGGUGUUUCUCGUGACCAUUCAUUUUCCACCUGAUUACCCGUUCAAGCCCCCAAAGGUUUCAUUUAGGACCAAAGUCUACCAUCCAAAUAUUAAUAGCAACGGUAGUAUAUGCCUUGAUAUCCUCAAGGAACAGUGGAGUCCUGCACUGACAGUAUCCAAGGUUCUGCUUUCAAUUUGCUCCUUGCUUACUGAUCCAAAUCCUGAUGAUCCUUUGGUGCCUGAGAUUGCACAUACGUACAAGACUGAUAGAGCCAAGUACGAGUCGACUGCACGAUCUUGGACUCAGAAAUAUGCAUGGGCUGAAAGGGAGCAUGCUAUGUGCGUUCUGAAUGUGGUGGGCUGAAAGGGAGCAUACCAUGGAAUGCCUGGUCAUUAUGCUAUUAUUAAAUAAAGAACAAGUUUCAACUUCAGAAAACAAUGGUCUGUUUUGUUGUCUUUCUUGUUCUUUGAGGAUGUUCAGCAUAAUACUGUUAAUCUAAAACCAAAAAAUUUCUGUUAUCGAAGUUGCUCACCUUAAAUUUCUGUUCAUGCUAA